CCAGUGGGGAGGGAGCGCCGCGGCCCGGCUUGAAAUGCACGCGGCGGAGGAAGCGGCCGCCCGCAGUAAACACGGGGCGGCGGCGAGCCAUGGGCCGGGCGGCGCUAGCGCGGCGGCGGCGGAGGCUGCUGCUGCUCCAGCUCCUGCUGCUGCUGCUCCAGCUGCAACGCGCAGGCGCCGCCAAGGAGUGCGACGUGAACCAGUUCCAGUGCCGGAACGAGCGCUGCAUCCCGGCCGUCUGGAAAUGCGACGAGGACGACGACUGCUCGGACAACAGCGACGAGGCGGACUGCCCAAAGAAAACUUGUGCUGAAUCUGACUUCACCUGCAACAACGGCCACUGUAUCCCAGACAGGUGGAAAUGUGAUGGUGAAGAGGAGUGCCCUGAUGGGUCCGAUGAAUCUGAAGCAGCGUGCACCAAGCAAGUGUGUCCAGCUGAAAAAAUUAGCUGUGGGAACUUGAGCAACAAAUGUAUCCCAUCGUCCUGGCGAUGUGAUGGGGAGAAGGACUGUGAGAGCGGAGUUGAUGAGGCUGGCUGCAAUACUGUCUGCAUCUCCAGUGAGUUUCAGUGCAGCAACAAGACCUGCAUUGCCAUGAUCUUUGUGUGCGACGGCGACGAUGACUGCGGCGAUGGCAGCGACGAGAGAAAGUGCUCGCCCCUGAUCUGCAGCCCCAGCGAGUUCCAGUGCAACAACAGCAUGUGCAUCCCGGAGCUGUGGGUCUGCGACAGCCAUCCCGACUGUGAGGACGGCUCGGACGAGUCCCUGGAGAAGUGCAGCUACAAGGCCAGGCCCCAGGCGCUGAACACCUGCGCAGCCCACGAGUUCAGGUGCGGGAGCGGGGAGUGCAUCCACCUGAACUGGAAGUGCGAUGGGGACGAGGACUGCAAAGACAAGUCAGACGAGCAGAACUGCCCGCUGGUGACCUGCCGCCCUGACGAGUUCCAGUGCGGAGACGGGACCUGCAUCCACGGGACAAAGCAGUGCAACAAGGUGCACGACUGCCCCGACAACAGCGACGAGGCGGGCUGCAUCAAUGAGUCAGCGUGCGAAAGUCCCAGCAAGUUUCAGUGUAAGAGUGGAGAGUGCAUUGACGGAGGCAAAGUGUGCGAUUCCCAUAGAGACUGCAGGGACUUGUCUGACGAGCCUCUGAAAGAAUGUGGCCUGAAUGAAUGCUCAAACAACAACGGUGGUUGCUCCCACAUAUGCAAGGACUUGAAGAUUGGGUAUGAAUGCGAAUGCCCUCCCGGAUACAAGCUUCUGGAUAAGAAAACGUGUGGAGACAUAGAUGAAUGUGAGAAUCCAGACGCUUGUAGCCAGAUCUGCAUUAAUUACAAGGGGGACUACAAAUGCGAGUGCUACAAGGGCUACGAGAUGGACACCCUGUCCAAGAACUGCAAAGCUGUAGUAGGCAAGAGCCCGUACCUGAUCUUCACCAACCGCCACGAGGUGCGGAAGAUAGACCUGGUGAAAAGGGACUACUCUCGCAUCAUCCCUAUGCUGAAGAACGUGGUAGCUUUGGAUGUGGAGGUGGCAACAAACAGGAUCUACUGGUGCGAUCUGUUCUACAGAAAGAUCUACAGUGCCAACAUCGACAAAGCCAGCGACACGGCAGGACAGGUGAUUCUGAUAGACAGUCAGCUGAACUCUCCCGAAGGCCUGGCCAUAGACUGGGUUCACAAGAACAUCUACUGGACAGACUCUGGAAACAAGACCAUCUCCGUGGCCACUGCUGAUGGAAGCAGGAGAAGGACCCUCCUCAGCUCUGACCUGAGUGAGCCCAGGGCCAUUGCGGUGGAUCCAAUCCGGGGGUUCAUGUAUUGGUCCGACUGGGGAGACCAAGCGAAAAUCGAAAAGGCUGGGCUCAACGGCAUGGGGCGACAUGUGCUGGUCACAGAUAACAUUGAGUGGCCAAAUGGCAUCACCCUGGAUCUGCUGAAUCAGCGUCUCUACUGGGUGGACUCCAAGCUGCAUUUGCUCUCCUGCAUUGACUUCAGUGGCAGCAACAGAAAAGUCCUUAUCUCUUCAGUUGAUGAUUUAAGCCACCCUUUUGGCCUGGCUGUGUUUGAGGACAGGAUUUUCUGGACUGACCUCGAAAAUGAGGCCAUCUUCAGCGCUAACAGGCUGAGUGGGCUGAACAUCUCUAUCCUGGCCGAAAAUCUCAACAACCCACAUGACAUCGUGGUCUUUCAUGAACUCAAGCAACCCAAAGCUCCUGAUUCCUGUGAACUCAGCUCCCAGCCUAAUGGAGGCUGUGAAUACCUGUGUCUUCCUGCACCAAAAAUCUCUCCUCAUUCCCCCAAGUACACGUGUGCCUGUCCUGACAACAUGUGGCUGGGCCCAGAUAUGAAAAGGUGCUACAAAGAUCUUCCAGCUACCUCAACUACUGUACUGACUUCCACGACUCCAGCACCCAGCACUACCACCGCCAUUGCUGCUACCGCUGGCAACACCAGCAGUGCCACUAUGGAGAGCCCAGGAGCUGUGCUACAAGUCCCCCUUACGACGCCAAGUGUUCGCCUCUCCACAACUGCAUCCAUCCUGCUGGGCUCAGAAUUAAUGACCACUGGAAACAGCAAUCUGUCUCAGCACUAUGCUAAUAACGCAGAAGGUUUUGGCUCCACUGUCACAGCAGCUGUUGUUGGGAUUGUAGUUCCUGUUGUGGUCAUUGGAUUGCUGUGCAUGGGAGGGUACCUCAUCUGGAGGAACUGGAAACGGAAGAACACAAAAAGCAUGAACUUUGACAAUCCUGUGUACAGGAAGACAACAGAGGAGGAAGAUGAAGAUGAGAUCCAUAUUGGGAGGACUGCACAGAUUGGGCACGUCUAUCCAGCACGUGUAGCAUUAAGUCUGGAAGAUGAUGGGUUACCAUGAGGACCAGCUCACUGCUCCAGUACCAUACCUGACAAUUAUAUGCACUGAACAGAUUCGCUUUGGAUCAUGGAUCCCACCUACUUUUUUCCCCUUAUUAUUUAUGUUGCAGAAGGGUAACCACAAAGUUAUAAUGAACUGCAAACAUCCAAAGGAUGUGAGAGUUUUGUAUGUAUAAUCUUUUAUACACAUUUUAACUUGUUGCACUACCCAUUCAUGAUAGUGAAGAGGCUACUGCUGAGCUACUAACUCACUGUACAUAACCAGCCAGGCCCCAGGGUCAGUAGCUAUGCGUCAUUUUAAAACUAUAUUUGUAGAGAUUUUGUAAAUACAUCAAACUUGCUUUGUGGCUAUCUACCAACAUAAGUAAGAAAAGUCUAUCCAAGCCGUUUAGAAUAUUUAUUAACAAAAUCUGGAUAUAAGAUUUGUUCUGUAAAUAUAUUAGAGGGGUGAGAGUAUUUAUUUUUGUUAUGUUUGGCUUGCCGUGCACAGGUUAUCUGUGUAUAUAUCUAUCUGGGCUAGAUAGAUAUAUAGACAUAUAAAUAUAUACAUAUAUAAAUAUAUAUACAUAAAAAUAUAUUUUAAACUACUAGCCUAAGUAGUAGGGGUCUGUGGGAAUUAGGGGUAACUGAAUUCUUAAGGGAUGUUUGUGGAAAAUUUGCUUUGAAAUCUAAAGCUACUGAGGAAGAACCAGCUACGCAGUGAGUUAAUCAGCAGACAGAGUGAACCCAGAAUGAACCUGCUGUGGUUCACCGCAUUGCAUGAGCAGGUUAACUCGGACUCGGGCAUUGGCACCCUUGAUUUUCUUUCUACGCACUUGGUUUUCUUUCCUUGCGGUGAAGUUUCCUGACUGUAACUUCUCUGCAGCUCGGGUAUCUCGGACAGAAGCAGCUUCUAUAAAACACUGCUGGAGCCCACCAAAUGGCAGGGAUGUGUCUCCAUGCUGGUAUUUGGUUUAAGAUUUUUUUUUAAAGAAGUCCAUAGCUCCACAUGAAUUUCCCCUCCUCUUCUAAAGAGUAACUUUGCUCCAAUAGCAGCAAAUCAGCCACAUAAUUAUAUAGACCCAAAGUGAGUCCUUCUGGGAUGACUCCUUACAAAAAAACUCUUUCCCCUCUCGCUGCUGGUUCUCUCCUCACCCUGCUGUGCUCCUGAUGAUUACUGAUACUCAGUCAAAAUGAACAGAUGUUCCACAGCACAGAUACCCAACUCCCCAUCCCUGGAGCUCAUAGCAGCACAGCAGGCUCGUCUACCUGGAAUAACUAACAGCACAGCAGACAUUCCACGCACGCAACUGUAGUUGGAUCAUCCAGCACCGUAUCUGGUUGUACCUGAAACAGAGCAAUGGGCAAGCAGGUAAAACAUGGAAAAGCAGCUGAUUCUCUUGGAAUUCAGAGCUAUUGGCAAGAUAACUGAACAUCUUGUGGGAAACGAGGAAUGUGAAAACAACCCAGGGGUUAGCAGACAGUUGUUUUCCACUCCCACUUCUUCCUAAAGCUGUAAGUGACUUGGUGAUCUAUCAUACCACUCUGUGAUGACCCAGCCUUGUCUGAUGUUUGCAGUGGACGUUAUUACCCCUGGGAGGAGAUCAUGACCUCGAACAAUAAUGAUCACUUCAGGUGUCACUGUCUGUUGCUGCAGCACGAGGAAGCAUCAGAGAAAUCUUACAUUUUACUAAUUUAUUGGCAGAACAUAUUAUCACUCACUUCAGUGAAGAGUCCCACACUUCUGUGUUAAUCCCGUGGCUUGGAGAUGUUUCUCUGGGAUGGCAAAAUGUGCAGCAACCUGCCUCAUAGCCUUGAAGUAUCCCCUUCCUGUUGCACACAAUCACUCUUGCUUCCUUCUUCCAUGCAAGCAGCAUUACCUGGGCGGCAAGAGUGGGGGAAGGUGAGUGAGGAGGCUGUGAAUUUGCAGUUUUAAUUAGGGUCAUACUUUUCCCCUCUCUUUAAGCUCUCCCCUCCCCUAGUCUGCCUGGCCAUUGCAUUAGCUUUUUACCUAGGCCUGACCAAUGCUAUACUAAUAUUCCCCAGUAGCAGCAAGAGAGCACGCACCCCACCCAAACUGCCCAGCAGGGUGUUUCUAACACUCCAGCACUACUGCCUCUUCUUGGGAGAAAGGAGCUCAGCUUCUCCCACCUCACAGUGCUUGUACCAGCAGGUAGCUCACUUGGCCUUCUCCACUGGGCUGUGCUCCUGGGCCAGUGCUCUGGUGUUUCCCAUUUCUAUCCCCUGCCUCCUACACAGCAUUCAGUACAAACUUCUACUGCUCUCGCCUCCUUGAGCUACAGCUGCCAGAAACAUCUGCUAUGCAUGGUCUCCAUCCGGUGAGGUGCUGAGCACUUUUAAUUCAACAGCCCUUAUCCAAAACCCAUCCUUGAACUCAAUGGAAGCUCCACUGAUGUUCACUGGGCUUCAAAUUAGAGUCUUGCUGACUGUAUGGGAAGUGAAUUCAAGAAGCAUUCAGUAUUUUACUGGACUUGAUCCUAAAACUGAGCAAAGGGUUGCAAAGAAAUCCUCCCUGCGUUUGUACUUGAGUCACAGUUUCUGUAUACAAGCGAGUGCAAAAAUCCAAACUGAAGGUGGGGAUUUGAAGCAAAACUUCAUAAAAUUUACCGUGGGAAUAAAGUUGGUUUUCAAGUGUCAGUAAAGGAGCAAAGUGUUCGGAUAAAGCUAUAUAGCAUGCAUCAUGGAAACAACAGGUAUUCCAAAAUACUUGUACAAAGAGUAUGUGAAUUUUAAGGAAUCAGGCCUCCUAAUGGAUUUGAGGUUAAGAACAAAUAUUUUAAAAAAUCAUGAAGGGGGAAGGGGUGGGGGAAGGAACAGAGAAAUGUGGUUCUGGGAUUUCCAGUUCUUAUUUUAAGAUUUGUUACUACAAAUCCAUGCACUGUGUGCAUGAACCAGAAACAGAACUGGAGAGCAGGCUGUGUGUGUGAUAACACUGCAACUAACUGAAAGCUGUACAUAUAUUUGAAGGCUCUACAAUUUUGAUACUUUUUUAAAAAAAGAAAUACAAAAGCCUGUACAAAUCGUGUAUAAAAAGCUGCGCUUUUUUCAGAUCAUUGUAAAUGAAUUUGUUGUGCAGUGAUAGUUUAAAUCUUUUCCAAUUUGUAACUAAUCACAAGUCAGCCACCAAAUUUGUUUAUUAAAGAAAUUAAUUAUUUUAAAUAAUGGUUGAGAUUGUUAGGAUGUUGUUUAACAUUGUAAUCAUUUCUGUCUUGUUAUAUUGAAGAUCUGUUAGAAUGAGUUCUUGCUUGGUGCCUUUUGUGUUUUGGUUUUUCUUUUAUGGACAGAAAGAAGGGAGGGGAACUGCUCUAUAUAACAUUUGCUUUACUUACAUGAAAAAGAGUACUGAAAACCAAAUGACUGUUUGUAAACCAGUGCACUGUUUCUAUAGAGAGAUUAAAUUUUUUUUAUCUGGG